UUUUGACGUUCAGUCAUCUCGGUUUGCUGUACUUAUUGAAUGGUAGCAAUACAAAUUAAGACGUGUCAUGAUUUGUUCAUUGAAUAGAGAGUAGUUAGCUGCAAUGAGGAGCAGCUCUUCAACGUCCCUUUUAUGCACUCGCAGCGUUGGAUCAGUCCGUCUUCACAGCCCUCCGUCAUGCUCCUCGAUACAUUUUUCUGGCCUUUUGGACUCCGCUGUUGAGUAUUUAAUGGUUAAGAAAGAUUUCAGGUCUGCAUUUGACACGUGCGAGAAAGGACUGGAGAAUUUAUGCAGUGUUAGCGAUCAAGAGGAAAGUUGUUCCAGACAUGGAGAAUUGAAGGCAGCAUUUUGCAUUGUGGGGAUUCAGGCUUUGGCUGAAGUAAACCACUGGUGUGGGAUACUUGAAUGGGUCCUGAAGCACUACAAUGAAGCCGAGAGAGUACCUGCCAAAAUAAUGCAAAUGUGCAUACUCCUCUAUAGUAAAGUGGGUCAGCAAGACACAAUGCAGGGGGUUGCUAGCGCUUGGCUAUGCUGUCCCAAUAAUACGAACCAACCAGGGUUUUGUACAGUGGCUGAGCUCUAUCUGCUUCAUGUGCUUCUACCGCUGAGUCGAACAGCUGAGGCACAAGAGCUUUUGGAGAGUGAGGUUGGAAAAACAGCAUUCACUGAAGACCAGAGGCAAGUUGCUAUGGACAUAGUGCAGAGCCAAUUCGUCCACCAGAGGCAGACGGUAAACCCUAACCUAGAGGUCAACUCUGGAGUCACCACAACCAUGAUCACACCACAAGGUGCGUCAAACCAUUGGAUGAAUGCUGUGAUAAGACAACUUUACAGGGGUCUCUCAGUGGCUAGAGCCAGAGCGUCAUUGGGUGCUCUUCGCAGGACACUACUGGCAUUUUUACUUCUUUAUCUGCUUAUCGUUCGAAUGGAUCCAGCUCUACCUUCAUCUUUCCCUUGGAUCUUCAGGCUUCUACAGGUCUUCAGACAGAUUUGGGAUGCAAUGUUUGGCCCUUACUAUAAGGCUAGUGGUCAAAACUAAAUGUCAUGUCCAUGAUGGUGUCUGAGUUGUAUGAAGGAUCACUUGAAGAGAUGAGGGCAAAUGUAAA